UUUUUCCUUCAUAUCUGCAUAUUCUAACUUUGCUGUGUAGUUUUUCUAAUUCAAAUGAUAAAUGGGGAGAAAAAAAGCCUGGACACUUGAAGGUUCCAGUAUCAUUAAUCAUUCGCUGCAAUUCAUCUUACAACUUCAUGUGCCUUGCCUUUUGAUGUUAAAUGGACAGCUGGUUCUUGGCAUCUAUGCUCUUCUUUGAUCAGCCACUUGCUCCACCUCGACGGAAAUCUAUAAAAGCUUCAAAGGGAGGCAUGAAUUCAGAUGGUCAUUUGAGAAAAUCUGUAAGACCAGUGGCAAUACUAAAACCUAAAAUUCCAGUGAAACCUAAACUUCCUGAAGUCAAGAAGAAUGAUGAUCCACCUGGGAAAAGGAAAAAGAACCCUCCACGUCCACCACCGCCACCAAGCAAAACAAGGCCAAUUGGGCCAGAUAGUGAAAUUCCAAAGAUUUACAGCAACGAAAAUGCUUUUACCGAAACUGAUAAAUCUCAAAAUUUAUUGGAUGGAAAAAAGAAUAUCCCAAAACCUAAACCUGCACCAAGACCAAAAUCAAAACGACCAACUCCAAUUCCCAGAAAAUCAAUCAACAAAGAAAACAGUGUAAAUGCAAAGGAAGCAAAAGUUUGGACAGAGGAGGUAUCUAGAGAAACCGAUGAAACUAGUGAUGCAGAUGUGAGUGAAAAUCUUAAAGGAAGAACUUUAACACAUCCCUUACUACCUGAAUUUGAAAGCAAAGAGGGAAAAGUUCGAACUUUGUCUCAUCCUUUAAGAAAGAGUGACAAUUGUCAUAAAAUAACUUCUAAACAAACAAAGAAACAAAAAUAUAACCGAAGUUUGAGUCAGGAUAACCUUUUAAUAAAUGCAUUGCCUGUAGUGAAGUUAAAACGCUCAAAAAGUGUCGAUUAUGGACUUAAUGAAGGAACAGAACAUACCGUAAUAUAUCCAAAAUAUGAAAAUAUUGAUCCAAAAUACUUGAAAUUUGAUUCUAUGCCGAAAAAACAGAGAAGUUCAAACCAAAGUUCGUAUGAGAAUGUUACACUCCCUAAUGACAAUAGCAUAUACUCCAUACCAGUUAGACGACCUUCUUUACCAGACUACAAAGAACCCAGAGGCUAUUGUGGCAUUAGUAGUCCUUCUAGGGAUGAGAAAUCUACUCACUCAUGUGAAACUUUUAGUAAUCAGUUACCUGAUCUAAUUCGUUAUAAUGAUAAUGAAAUGGACUCAAAAAGUUGUCCAUCAACACCCAUAGCGAAAAUGAAAAGACAAGCUCCAUCGGCUCCAUACCUUGGUUUACAUAAAAGUGUGAAAGAAUAUUUACCAAAAUCAUCUCAUUCGCCUCUUGAUAAUGAAAUUCUAAAGGUGACUUCUAAGGGUAGUGACAAUUUAUCAGAUGAAGGCUUGUAUUCUGUUCCUCCAUCCAAUCAGCCGGGUAUAAAUAUCUCCCCUAAAUCAGACAAUCCUUCAAACUUCCCAAGUACGUCAGCUGGUUAUGCUAAAUACACACCUUCAAACACAUCCAGCACAAAAAACAGUACUAAAAAAACAGAUAGCCAGUAUUACAAUGUUGUCCUUCAAGUGUCACCAAGUAAUCACUCCUAUCCUAAGAGUGAUUUAACAAGCAGUAUUAGGCCUGUAGCUAGUGAUGCAGAAACCAAAAAAGCUCUUCACGGACCUCAUGUUAGUGAUUCUGAAUCACUGGAAUCUUCCUCUUCUGAUAUAUCAUCAAAUAUUUACUCUUGUCCUAAGUCUGAAUUAAAACAAUCUGCAAGAAUUAUUACUUCUGUAAAAAGUGAUGCAGAAUCCAAUAAAAUCCUGCAUGAAGCUUAUGAAAGCAACUAUGACUGUCCAAGAUCUCCCUCUAAAGCUGGUCUUAAGAUUAUGCAGGAAGAAAUGUAUGUUGAUAUGCUCAGUAGUACCUAUGAACAAGUUGAUGGAAACAAAGGUGAUAAAAAUAGUGCUUAUGAAGACAUUAACCUACCGUUACAUAACUCUUCAACUUCAGCUUCUGAACAGCCACCUCGACCUCCUCCACCGCGCAUUGCUUCUUCUGUUGUAGAGAAGGGGCAAUUAGAUACUAACAUUUAUACAACGGUUGGUAGCUUAGAACAUCAAUCAAAUUCAAGUCAAAGAGUAGAAGAAGUUUCUUGCUCUGAGUCAGAAAGUGACGAAGACUAUGAAAAUGACGACAUGAAGCAACUAGAACGUCAGGGUGGUGAUAAACUCUUUUAUAUUGCAAAUGAAAUCUUAACCACAGAGAAAAGUUUUGUACAGGCUCUGAAGUUAAUAUGCGAGGACUUUGGUGGCUCACUCAAAGGUGCAAUGGCAAAAAAUUCGAAGCUCCUUCCAGACGGAUGUUAUUCAGAAAUGUUUUUAAACAUUGAACAAAUUUAUGAGCUAGAUAAAAAGUUUCUUCAGGAACUCGAGGAAAGAAUGCAGAAUUGGGACCUUCAUAAGAGGAUAGGAGAUUUAAUUCGUGAAUAUGGACAUUUCUUGAAGAUGUACACCACCUACAUAAAAGGAUAUGAUAAUGCAAUGUCAACAUUUCUGGAGAGUUGUUCUACCAACAUGAAAUUCAUGCAACUUGUUUCAGAUUUCGAAAGAAGCAAGAAGGCCCAGAAUAUGAAGUUGAGUAGCUACAUGUUGAAACCAAUUCAACGCAUCCCAAGUUAUCGACUUCUUUUGUUAGAUUAUUUGGAUCAUUUACCAGAAGACAGUGUUGACUAUCAAGACAUAAAACAUGGUGUGGUGAUUGUAUCAGAUAUUGCAAAAUACAUCAACGAGAGUAUGAAAGAAGGAGAAAAGUUUCAGGAGGUGUUACGAAUCCAAUGUCAGAUUGUGAACGCAAAAGAUAUUGUCAAACCAGGAAGGUGUUUACUGAAAGAAGGGACAUUACAAAAAUUGAGCCGAAAAGAAUUACAGCCAAGAACUUUUAUUUUGUUUACUGAUGUGCUGUUAUAUUGUUCCUCAUUUGGUCAUAACCAGUUAAAGCUGAUUAUGGAGAUGCCAUUAGCUGGAAUGAUUGUGCAACAUCCAGAUUCGCAGGAUUUAACAAAUGAGUUUACUAUAAUAAGCACGCGAAGGUCAUUCCUGGUCAACGCAAGUUCUCCAAAAGAAAGAGAAGAUUGGAUAGCUGCAUUGACAAGUGCGAUUACGGAAGAGACGAAGAAACGCGAAACGUUCACUUUAAAGAGAGUUCAAAACGAGAUUAGUAACAUACAGAACUUGUCAUCUGGUCCUGGAGAUAUCGCACCACCUUGGAUACCUGACAGCCGAGCGACGAUGUGUCAAAUUUGCACGUCGGCUUUUUCUGUGUACAACAGAAGACAUCAUUGUAGAGCUUGUGGAAAGGUCGUUUGUAACAACUGCUCUGCAUAUGAAGCUCCUCUCAAAUAUAUGGAUAACGAUGUAGCAAGAGUUUGCGAGAAGUGUUAUACUUUCCUGCUCGAAAAGUUUCAGCAAGUUGAACAAGACAUGGUAGGAGAAGCUUUGGAAGAGCUUAAAGCAAAGUUUAAAAAUAGAAUGAAACGCAGGAAAACGAAGAGAAUUCUACCUUCUACACUCACUGAGGUCGGUGCACAAGAAGAAGGCAUCGAGACAAGCGGUUUUCUUCGUUCAUCAAAAAAAGGGAAGAAGGAGAGGAGAUAUUGGUUUGUAUUGAAAGAUCAUGUUUUAUACAUGUACAAAGCUUCUUCGGAUCCAGCUGCUUCAUCCACCACUCCAGUGCUUGGUUAUAAAGUUGAUGUGGCAGGAAAUUGGGAUGAAGAAGAUUUUGUGUUUCACUUAACACAUCCCGGUGUGAAAGAACCAUUGAUCUUUAAAGCUGAAAAUCGCACGGCUGCCGAGAGGUGGUUGCAUUGCUUGCUCAAAGCGACAGCGCUGUCGUCAUCCUAAUGAUCGAUGUUGGUUUGUAAUCUUGUCAACUUUGCUUGGUGUAAUCCAUUGUUAAACAAAUCCAUUCAUUAACAAAAAAUUCAAUAACAAAAUAUGUCAAGGAGACUAAUUAUUUGACAUAAACAUUCCAUUAAUUUUCCUGUCCUACAUCAUAGUGAACAAGUGCAAUCACAUAAAAGUGGUUUAGUCGCAUAUCGCGUUUAAGUACAAUUAAAUUUGCUUGGAAAGUAACAAUCGAAUUGAAAUUUGAAACUGAUAACCAAAUUUACCAUAAAUAUUUCACAAAAAAAUUUUAGUUUAUUUGCCAAAAUUAAACCUCACGCAAAUUCACUCUCCCAACAUAUUUUGAGUAUUGUUAACAUUUGAACGAUUACCAGAUUGAAUUUGUCCAUUGGUAUUCACCCUUACCAAAAUGUUUUCACACUGAAAUUACAGUAGAAAGCUCUCUGGCUGUUUUAAUGACAAUUGUAGCGGAGGUAAAGAGAAUCUAAGUUGUUGUUUUUAACUACUCCUCGAAAGAACUUUUUUUCUGUUAAUUUGUUCACACUUGAGGUUUAGAUGUACACAUUACGUUGAUUAGUUUUUCCAAAGACAUAUUUUCGCAAUUUUAAAAACUUUUUAUUUCUUGCAGAUUAAUUUUCACGAAUCCUGUUCAGAUAUUUUACGAAGAGUUUUUUCGCCAAUGAAUACUCUUAAUAUUCUUUGCUCAUGAAGAAGACCACGUGACAUUGAAAGUUUCCAAUGAAACAGAACAAAACAAAACAGAAAAAAAGAAAAAGAAAAAUACCUUUAAUAU